AUGGCUCUUAUUCGCCAUUUUAUUACACGCACUGCGUCAAAGCAGCCGCUCCGGACAGGAGUUGCUCCUGCUCAGCUAUCUCUACGGAAUCCCCCUCGGAAAUGCUUCACCAGUGGGAAGCUAGACGAGACAGAACCCGGCGGUCAACGGAAGCUAAUUGUUGCCGCGUGCGUCACCUUACCGUUUUUGGCUUAUGUGUGGCAUAGAAGUGGUGAUGCGAACACAGUCAGUGGUACUGUGGGCGAGCAUCGUGGUGCCAACCAAGAGUAUAAGGAAAGCGCGGAGGGCAACCGGUAA